AUGUAUGAGCAGAGCUCCGAGAAGCGGCAACUAUCGGGUCGUACUAGAGAUCCGACAUGUAUGAGCAGAGCUCCGAGAAGCGGCAACUAUCGGGUCGUACUAGAGAUCCGACAUCCAGCCACCCACCUCCAUGUGUCAGCCAGCCACCCUCCUCCAUAUGUCAGCCAGCCUCCUACAUACGUCAGUCAGCCUCCUCCAUGUGUCAGCCAGCCACCUCCAUGUGUCAGCCAGCCUCCUCCAUGUGUCAGCCAGCCUCCUCCAUAUGUCAGCCAGCCACCUCCAUGUGUCAGCCAGCCUCCUCAAUAUGUCAGCCAGCCACCCUCCUCCAUGUGUCAGCCAGCCAGCCACCCUCCUCCAUAUGUCAGCCACCCUCCUCCAUGUUUCAGCCAGCCUCCUCCAUAUGUCAGCCAGCCACCAUCCUCCAUAUGUCAGCCAGCCACCAUCCUCCAUAUGUCAGCCACCCUCCUCCAUGUGUCAGCCAGCCACCAUCCUCCGUAUGUGAGCCUCCCUCCUCCAUAUGUCAGCCAGCCACCCUCCUCCAUAUGUCAGCCAGCCACCCUCCUCCAUGUGUCAGCCAGCCUCCUCCAUACGUCAGCCAGCCACCCUCCUCCAUAUGUCAGCCUCCCUCCUCCAUAUGUCAGCCUCCCUCCUCCGUAUGUCAGCCAGCCACCCUCCUCCAUAUGUCAGCCAGCCUCCCUCCUCCAUAUGUCAGCCACCCUCCACCAUAUGUCAGCCAGCCACCCACCUCCAUGUGUCAGCCAGCCACCCUCCUCCAUAUGUCAGCCAGCCUCCUACAUACGUCAGUCAGCCUCCUCCAUGUGUCAGCCAGCCACCUCCAUGUGUCAGCCAGCCUCCUCCAUGUGUCAGCCAGCCUCCUCCAUAUGUCAGCCAGCCACCUCCAUGUGUCAGCCAGCCUCCUCAAUAUGUCAGCCAGCCACCCUCCUCCAUGUGUCAGCCAGCCAGCCACCCUCCUCCAUACGUCAUCCACCCUCCUCCAUGUUUCAGCCAGCCUCCUCCAUAUGUCAGCCAGCCACCAUCCUCCAUAUGUCAGCCAGCCACCAUCCUCCAUAUGUCAGCCACCCUCCUCCAUGUGUCAGCCAGCCACCAUCCUCCGUAUGUGAGCCUCCCUCCUCCAUAUGUCAGCCAGCCACCCUCCUCCAUAUGUCAGCCAGCCACCCUCCUCCAUGUGUCAGCCAGCCUCCUCCAUACGUCAGCCAGCCACCCUCCUCCAUAUGUCAGCCUCCCUCCUCCAUAUGUCAGCCUCCCUCCUCCGUAUGUCAGCCAGCCACCCUCCUCCAUAUGUCAGCCAGCCUCCCUCCUCCAUAUGUCAGCCACCCUCCACCAUAUGUCAGCCAGCCACCCACCUCCAUGUGUCAGCCAGCCACCCUCCUCCAUAUGUCAGCCAGCCUCCUACAUACGUCAGUCAGCCUCCUCCAUGUGUCAGCCAGCCACCUCCAUGUGUCAGCCAGCCUCCUCCAUGUGUCAGCCAGCCUCCUCCAUAUGUCAGCCAGCCACCUCCAUGUGUCAGCCAGCCUCCUCAAUAUGUCAGCCAGCCACCCUCCUCCAUGUGUCAGCCAGCCAGCCACCCUCCUCCAUAUGUCAGCCACCCUCCUCCAUGUUUCAGCCAGCCUCCUCCAUAUGUCAGCCAGCCACCAUCCUCCAUAUGUCAGCCAGCCACCAUCCUCCAUAUGUCAGCCACCCUCCUCCAUGUGUCAGCCAGCCACCAUCCUCCGUAUGUGA